UAACGUGCGCUCUGGAUGACACGCACCUGAGCAGGAAACAGAAAUGAAGCGUUGCUUUUCUCUCCUCUAGCAUUCCAUCUGGGAAAUCUGCGAGUUGGAAAGUGUCUCUAAGAGCUUGUAAAAUGCGCAAAGUAAAGUAGAUAUGAAAAACAAAAAUAACUAAAAAAAAAAAAAAAAACAGCAGGAGGAUUAAAUCCUCAAGCAGUAACCGGUAUCAUGUCUUUAGAGGAAAUGUUUAUCUCCAUCGCUGAGGAAAAAUCCGCGUGCAAUGAGUCGUGGGAUUGCCGGAGCUCUCCGGACGCGCGCGAAGCCUCGCUGUGGCACGCGGGAGUCGCGAUCGCGGCGGCGUACGCGCUGAUCAUUGCAGUGGGUCUUAUAGGCAACGUGACGCUCAUUCGCACCUUCUGCGCCGUCAAGUCCAUGCGCAACGUCCCCAACUUGUUCCUGUGCAGCCUUGCGUUCGGCGAUGUGCUCCUGCUUGUUACGUGCGCGCCCGUGGACGCCAGCCGGUACCUCGCCGACGAAUGGCUCUUCGGAAGAACAGGAUGCAAACUGAUCCCGUUUAUCCAGCUCACGUCUGUUGGCGUGUCAGUGUUCACGCUCACCGCUCUGGCAGCCGACAGAUACAAAGCCAUUGUAAAACCCAUGGACAUCCCAACGUCCCAUGCUACAGCUAAGAUCUGUUUGAAAGCUGCUGCUAUUUGGCUCUUGUCCAUGGUUCUGGCCAUCCCAGAAGCCAUUUUCUCUGACCUGCAUACCUUUCACGUCACACAGACCAAUGAAACCUUUAAAACAUGUGCUCCAUAUCCCCACACAGGAGACCUGCACCCCAAAAUCCACUCCAUGGCCUCAUUUCUUAUAUUCUAUGUAAUCCCCCUUUUCAUCAUUUCUGUGUACUACUUCUUCAUCGCCAGGAGCCUGAUUAGGAGCACAAUUAAUUUGCCAGUCGAGGGGAAGAUACCCAUUAGGAGACAGAUGGAGUCAAGGAAGCGGCUGGCUAAGAUGGUGUUGGUGUUCGUGGGUCUCUUUGCUAUCUGCUGGCUCCCCAGUCACGUCAUCUACUUGUACCGCUCCUACCACUACUCUGAAGUGGACACAUCCAUGAUGCACUUUGUCACCAGUGUGGCUGCCCGUAUCCUGGCGUUCACCAACUCCUGCGUCAACCCGUUCGCUCUCUACCUGCUGAGCAAGAGUUUCCAGAAGCAGUUCAACAAACAUAUCUGCUGCUGCUGCCCUCCUCUGCCACUGCACAUGCACAGUACGGUGCGUGGGAACACACACAUGAGCUCACUCAAAAGCACGCAGAAUCACACCGUCGCCAGCUUCAGUCUCAUUAAUGGCAAUCAUGGCUGUCAUGAGGGCUCUGUGUGAGUGUGCUGUGAAAGAGCUUUAGUCAUUUUUUUUGUUUGUUUUUCAGUGUUCAUGAAUGGUCCUUGUUCUUGGUGGUUGCUACUGUACUGUAUUAUUGUUUUGAAUAGGUGUUAUGCUUUAUAUUCUACACUGGGCAAAAAAGCAAAAAGCACUGGAAAGCAGGAAAGCUCUUCAGCCCACAUUUCCACCGCAAGAGUUUGAGCAUAAUUUUCAUGAAUCAUCACUGGGGUUUUAUGAGUCCUUGCUGCUCAGUGCUGGAUUUGGAAGUUUGGAAGAAGAACAUGAACACAUCUGCUCCACUACACACAGUAGAACGUGCAGUCGGUAAAAUGGUGUGGUCCCAUCUGUGGUCCUGUAUUAGAUGCUAAUUAAUGGCGGAAGUAUUUACGUUCAGUGUUUUCGUAAUGGUUAAAAUGUUUUUAACAUUUGCAUUAUUUUGGAUUUAGAUGCUGAUAUUAGUGUCUUGCUGUGUUAAUACAUUAUGUUAAUGAACCAAACAUAAGCCUGUUAUUUUGGUUGUCCGUGUAACUUAAUGCUGUAAAUUAUUUGGUACGGUGAAACUGUGUACAUGUGCGCUACUACAAAAUGUUCAAACAGGAAGUGAUCUUUAUUUCAGAGGCAUAUUGAUUUGUACAGGCUUCAAAUUUAUGUUUAGGUGACAAGCAGUGCUCAGAGUAUAAUUUGAUAAAGGUGUAGCUACCUGCUUGUCUCAAUUUCAGCGGUGAUCGGUCACGGCAUUGGUGUCUGAGCUAUAUCUGCUCCUGUGUCCUAGAAGCAGUGCUUCAUCCGUUAAUGUUUUAGUGUUUCAGUGGGGGUUUCUGUGGGUGCAGACAAAGCCAUUUUGUUCAUUUUGUGGCUUAAAUGUUACAUUCAAAUAGGGAAAAAGAAAAAAAGAAUGAAACAUUAUGCAGCUAAAACGCAUAUGCUGUUCUUCAUGGCACUGUGACCUUGUAUCAGUGUAAGAAAUAUUG